AUGGAGAACGAUCUACUUAUCCUGGUAGAUGCCACAUGGUCGAUGCGCGACUACUUCAAAACGCUCAAGAUGGCUCUGCCCCGGAUCAUCUCUGUCUCUGCCCUGACAGGAUGUUUUUCUCGCAUUGGGCUGCUUGCGUACCGGGACUACUCCGAAGCCCAUAUGCUAGAAUGGUCAGGCUGGCUCGACGUGUACGGCGGGCCUGACGCCGAUGGACAUGAUAUCCUCGCUUUCGCAAACUCAUUAGAAGUUGAAGGCGAUAGGGUUUUCAACCCCGAAGCCGCAAAGACUGCACUUGCGAGGGCUUAUGAGUUGAUGCGCGUAGACGCAAAGACGAUUCUCCUGUUGUAUACUGACUCCUUUCCCCAUUUUGGAGUCUCGGAAGCUCAUAAGUGGAUGGAUACUUACAUUGUUACUGAGACCGGAGUGCUGGAGCGAGAGGCACUGUCAGACCCAUCAUCGUACAGCGGCUACGGCCCAGCUUUCGUGGACUGGGUUUCCGCAACCAAGCUUCUGAGCGAGGGGGAGAAGGCUGUGCAGGUGUUUUCCUUGCUGUCGUCCGACAUUUGCUGGAGAGAGGCUGCGUACUACAUCUAUCUUUCGACCUUAACCGGCGGCGCAUGUGUGGUCGUUCAGGAGCCGAGUGCAGAGGAGAUGUCUGCGGCCUCGGAGUCAGGGUCAGAUGAUGAUUCUGACGCGACCAUAGACUAUGGCCCGUGUCCGGAAUACCUAGAUAUAUGUGCGAGAGUCAUCUUCAAAGUGACCGUGGAUCUGCUACUGACAUGGAUGGGCAUCAAGCCAGCCGAAAAUGCGACCACUGAAGACUCUGCAGCAGAAGAAAGCGACGUGCGCAUUAGCAUACAGGGUAAUUCGGCCAUUUUGGGCUAUUAUGAGUCAGUUGUCGAUAUCAAGACGCUCAAUCAUGAACUCGACCCUAGGGCAGGCCGGUUUUUCGUCAUCGACUUGGACAACUUUAUGGCUCAUGACGCUGAUUAUAUGCCAAACGUCGUUACCGUACUAUUGACUCCGGAUAAUACCCAGAAAUACAUCCGGAAGAAGGACGAGCCGGUCACAAACUUCGCUAUGGCCUGGGCUACAAAUCCAGCAUAUCGAUCUAUGGCGCUCCAGCAUCUGAAAAACAUCAUAAAGGCCGAUGUCAGGGCAAUAGCCGUCAACCCAGCCUUAGGAAGCCUGUGGAGGAGAAUAUGCAGUGAUCGAACUUGUGAUUCGCGACAGGAGCUUCUGGACGCCUUCAGUGCUGAAGCCGGAAAGCUCGAGAGUGCAAGAAGUAGGGAUCGUUUAAAGAUAUGGUUGGAGAGCUCGUAUGACUAUACAGAAGAAGUGCUCGAGCUCAUUAACAGCGUUCCAAAUGAGGAACAGUUCCCCUGUGUAUACCUCGAUCCAACCCUAGACUUUACCCCAAGCAGUGCAGAAGCAGAAGAUGAUGAGUUUGGAAAGCCUAUCACGGCUCUCACAAGAGUUAAUCUGCUAGAAAUUGGCCGAUCCUGCGAUCCUUCGGUUCUUCGACGCCAUGGACGAAUGCUCACUCAGCUGACGUAUGUUGACAGAGCAGCGGACUUACCUGAACACAUUGUAAAUUCAACCAAUGAGGAAGUCCCUAGGAUUCCUAUGGUACUGGCCCGUGACGAAUAUAAACGUCAAUUCUGGAGGAUCCUCCUGCAUCUCGUUGUUCCCGGGACGAAGUUAUCCGCCCGUGCUGCGGCUCUCCUGGCAGCACUCAGUUUGCGGCUGGGUAUUACUCCCCUCAUAGAGGUAGCUGAGUGGGAAGCACUUGGUUUCAGAGACAAGUGGAAUGACCUCGAGACAUCCGAGACUUGGUCAAUUCCCUGCUUGAAUCUGCUAAUCAACGCAGACGACGCAUAUAACAAGCGACGAGCUGACCUUGAGGGAGAGAUCGAAGAUACUGAUCUGGCCAAGGCAAAACCAGCCACGCUAUUGAAGCCGAGUGAUAGGGAGCUUUUUGAGAAGCUUAUUGCCUAUCGGAUGCUGGAGGUAAACCUUGACAGUGCGUUGAUUGCAAAGGUGGGCUGGACUCCUGAGAAGACGAUAGCACCGUUGGGACCCACCGCCAUUUGUCGAUCGUGUGAAUACCCGAGGUCAGUGAGUGUUAUGAACAAUAACGGCGAAUGCGGUAUUUGCAUAUGUGCCGCUCAGGAUGAUGCAUGGAAAAAGGUCUUGGAUGUUGGUGUUUCCAGAGAAGACAGCCCCGAAUCACCGGCAAUCUGGGUGGAAUGUUGUGUGCAGACAUGCAGAGCACAGUAUGUGGUAUACAACGUUACCUCCCUGAACGGCCGAGCGAAGUGCCAUUACUGUCGACUUCAAAGUGCCACCCUAUCGAAGUCACGGCAAAUAUGCCCAGAUGCUCCUUGGAUCGAGUGUAUAAAGUGCCUGAAUCGCUUUAUCUGGCCUGUGGAAUACCGUCCUUUUUCACUUUCUACUUCGAAGUUCACCUGCAUACACUGUGAUGCCGGGCGAAAAACUGUAGUUGAAAUUGAAACGACAGCUAGGAAGAUCUCAGAAGAGAACUCUUUCUCAUGGCUGGUUUGCGAUAACCAGAAUCCAGAGCUUUGCCCCUUCACAGGCCGCUCGCUGCUAACUACCAUUUCCAAAUUUGGGACAGAAAACUUCACAUCCCGAAUGACGAUAUUCCCCGUCACCAAUAAAACGCUAACGUUGAAGGGAAAGACGAUACAAAACGUCUCCGAGGUUAUUUCCACGCUACAGGAUCUUGUUUCGCGUCUCAAGACAAUCAAAGAGGAUUGCUCAUUGUGUAUGUCGGUUUUCCGUCCUGACAUGUUAAAUGCAGCAUGCGGUCGUCGCGGAUGCCUCCAACGUGUAUGCCGAGACUGUUUGAACCACUGGUACGGUCUCAACGCAGCAGGCCGAAUCUUGAAUAUUGGCGCUCUGUUCUGCCCAUUCUGCCGACGACCACCAUCUGCAAAGACACUAGCAAGGUACGCUAUGGGCGUACAAGCAGUAACAAACCUUUCAAAAGCAGUCGAAGAGCAAGGAACAUGGAUAUACGCAUGGUGCAUUUCUUGCUCUUCAGCACGCCAGUUCAUGGAGCGAGAAUGUGCUCGAGGCACACCUCCGGAGGUAUCCCGCUGGCACUGUCCGGAAUGUGUGGAACAACGGGAAGAGCAGAAGAUGGCGAAAAGAAUAAGCAAAAUCAAGCCAUGUCCUGGAUGUGGUGUGAUGACGGAAAAAGUCUUUGGGUGCGCACAUAUAACAUGUCCGGUCCCUGAAUGUCAGGCUGAAUGGUGCUACAUCUGUGGGGAGCGUGCCGUGAACAUAGACAUUUACGAGCAUCUCAACAAUGCACAUGGGGGGAUUUUUGAUCACUAUGACUGA